AGUCACAUCAUCUCUAAUUUCAACCAAAAUUUAAGCUUUACGCUGAGCUGAACAAAGCCAAAGUCAGGACCAUCAUUCUCCCAACCCAGACGAGCCACCAUGCUAGCUGCUGCUGCUGCUAGUGUUGCCCAGUGACCUUGCAGCUCGCCAUGCUAGCUCCGCUGCUCGCUGCUGCUGCUUUUGCCCAAAGCUGCACAACCUGCAUUGCCUCUCGCCUGACCCUCUUGCCUCAUCUGUGUCUCCCCCCUUCUCUUUUUCUUCAACCCCUCUUUAUGCUCGUUUCUCCAUUGCAGCUCACCUCCAUCUCCUAUUCUCCUCCUCCUUGUUGAAGGAGUUCGUGUGCCUCUACCAAGAACAAGAAGAAGCCUCUUGCAUCGGCAGCCAUGAUCACGGUGGUGGACCUGUACCACGUCCUGACGGCGGUGGUGCCGCUGUACGUGGCGAUGACGCUGGCGUACGCCUCCGUCCGGUGGUGGCGCAUCUUCUCCCCGGACCAGUGCUCCGGCAUCAACCGCUUCGUCGCGCUCUUCGCCGUCCCGCUCCUCUCCUUCCACUUCAUCUCCACCAACAACCCCUUCGCCAUGAACCUCCGCUUCCUCGCCGCCGACACGCUCCAGAAGCUCAUCGUCCUCGCCCUCCUCGCCCUCUGGUGCCGCCUCUCCGCGCGCGGGUCACUCGACUGGCUCAUCACCCUCUUCUCCCUCUCCACCCUCCCCAACACCCUCGUCAUGGGCAUCCCGCUGCUCAAGGGGAUGUACGCCGCCGCCGCCGACGUCGACUCCGGCAGCCUCAUGGUGCAGAUCGUCGUGCUCCAGUGCAUCAUCUGGUACACGCUCAUGCUGUUCCUCUUCGAGUACCGCGGCGCGCGGCUUCUUGUCAUGGAGCAGUUCCCGGACACCGCCGCCUCCAUCGUCUCCUUCCGGGUGGAUUCCGACGUCGUCUCGCUCGCCGGCGGCGGUGGUGGAGCCGCGGAGCUGCAGGCGGAGGCGGAGGUCGGGGACGAUGGCAGGAUGCGGGUCACCGUGCGCAAGUCGACGAGCUCGCGCUCCGAGGCGGCGUGCUCGCACGGGACGCAGUCACACUCGCAGUCCAUGCAGCCGCGCGUCUCCAACCUCUCCGGCGUCGAGAUUUACUCGCUGCAGUCGUCGCGGAACCCGACGCCGCGUGGCUCCAGCUUCAACCACGCCGAGUUCUUCAACAUCGUCGGCAACGGCAAGCAGGGCGACGAGGAGAAGGGCGCCGCCGGUGGCGGGGGCCACUCGCCGCAGCCGGUGGUGGGGAAGAGGAAGGACCUGCACAUGUUCGUGUGGAGCUCAAGCGCCUCGCCGGUGUCGGAGCGCGCCGCCGCAGCAGCAGCUGGCGCGGUGCACGUCUUCGGCGGUGGUGGCGCCGACCACGGCGACGCCAAAGGAGCUCAGGCCUAUGAUGAGUACAGUUUCGGGAACAAGAACGAGAAGGACGGGCCGACGCUGUCCAAGCUGGGGUCCAACUCGACGGCGCAGCUCCGGCCAAAGGACGACGGCGAGGGGAUGGCGGCGGCGAUGCCGCCGGCGAGCGUGAUGACGAGGCUCAUCCUGAUCAUGGUUUGGAGGAAGCUGAUCAGGAACCCCAACACUUACUCCAGCCUCCUUGGUGUCAUCUGGUCCCUCGUCUCCUACAGGUGGGGGAUUGAGAUGCCAGCCAUCAUCGCCCGGUCGAUUUCGAUCCUGUCAGAUGCAGGGCUUGGAAUGGCCAUGUUCAGCCUAGGAUUGUUCAUGGCAUUGCAGCCACGGAUCAUUGCCUGUGGGAACUCCCUUGCUUCGUAUGCCAUGGCCGUCAGGUUCCUCGUGGGUCCGGCCGUCAUGGCUGCCGCCUCCAUCGCCGUCGGACUUCGCGGGGUGCUUCUGCACAUUGCCAUUGUUCAGGCCGCUCUUCCUCAAGGAAUCGUGCCCUUUGUGUUUGCCAAGGAGUACAAUGUUCAUCCUAACAUUCUGAGCACAGCCGUGAUAUUCGGGAUGCUGAUUGCUCUCCCCAUCACAUUGGUCUACUACAUACUGCUGGGGCUCUGAAGAGCUCUCCAAGUCUCAACUCAACUGUGCAAGAACUUGAUGUUACUGACAGUUUGAUUAGGAUUUAUGGUUCUGUUUUAGUUGCUCAGAUUUUGUUUGGAUGAUAGGUCAGCUUAGUGAUGCUAGUUAGACAAUUAUCCGAGGACUUUUGGGUUCAAGUGACGGCCAGCCACGGUUUCUGAUUGAAGAUUAGGAACAUAGACAUCACAUUAGUGACAACAGGCAUCUAAUUUGUAAGACAUUGAGAAGGUCUGUUUCAAAUUACUGACAAUGUAGUAAGACAUUGAACAGUGCUUAUAAGCUUAUUUAGCAUUCCAAUAACUGAUGGUAAUGCACUUAAAGGAGCUACUCUGAAGGACUUUUUU